GGAGUUUACUUUGAAGGCCGAUCGUGCGAUUUCCUGCAAUGUUGCGCCUUGACGGUCGUUAUUGACGCGUCCGGAUUGAUCCGUUUCCAUAUGACCGGGCUUCCAUUCACAGCGGGGUCCAUCCACGUCCUGCAGUCUCUCUGUGAAGCAAGUACUGGACCUUGACGCUGAGACAAAGAAACGAAAGAAAAGAGAAAGAGGGGGGUGGGGGGAGAAAAAAAAAGAUAGAAAGAUAAAGGGAGAGAGAGAGAGAGAGAGGCCAAAUGAGAGAGAGUCAUCAGAAGCAGAAGGAGACCCGAGCGCACACAGAGAGGGGCUUUUUUAAAUGUCCUUUUUCCAUGCUUCUCGGAUCAUAAAUGCACGAAGACCUUAUAACCAUGCACCUACUGGGAAUAUCUUUUUUACUGGCUUACCUUCUCUACACCAACUUCGCCAGCGACUUCAGCCACAGCGACUACGAUGACUACUCCGAGCAGGAGCAGAUGGACGAGCCGGAUUCUUCACCAAAGCCAGAUAUGGAGGAGAAGUUGCGUUCGGCUUCCAGUGUUGAUGAACUGAUGAAUCUUAUUUAUCCAUCAUACUGGGCUGCUCUGAAGUGCAAAUCCAAACUAUCGGCUGCCCCCCCAGCAUUCAAGCUUCAGCCUGGCAGACUAAAGCCGCCGGCUGAUAAGGAAGAACCAAUAUUUGCUGCUGCCUACCUCAACUUGGAUGUCCUGAAAAGUAUAGAGUCGGAGUGGAGGAAGACUCAGUGCAUGCCCAGAGAAGUGUGUGUCGACGUGGGCAGGGAGUUCGGGGCUCCCACCAACAUCUUCUAUAAACCACCCUGUGUGUCCGUCUACAGAUGUGGGGGGUGCUGCCACUCUGAAGACAAACAAUGCAGGAAUAUCUCCACUGGUUACCUCAGCAAAACUCUGUUUGAGAUCACAGUGCCGAUCACCCAAGGCACCAAGCCGGUGACCAUCAGUGUGGCGAACCACACGCAGUGCAGCUGUCUGUCCAAACUGGACAUCUACAAACAAGUUCACAGCAUCAUCAGGAGAUCCUUGUCUGAGUGUCCAGUAGCGAACAGGACGUGUCCCCCUGGUCAGUCAUGGAGCAGCAGGCAGUGCCAGUGUGUUGGUCUCAGCACCAACGUGCACCACAACCCCCCUCCUCCACCACUGCCCCCUCCCAGGCCCUCCCAGCAGCAUCUUGACAUAUUCUCAUCGGAUAUCUGUGGGGUCGAUAAGGAACUGGACUUGGAGACCUGUCAGUGUGCGUGUCGGCACGGGGAUCACGACUGCGGCCCCAACCGACACCUCGACCGCAACACCUGUCAGUGCGUCUGCAACACUCCGCCUGCUCCCUCCUGCCCUCAGAACCACAUCGUCAAUAGGGACACCUGUCAGUGCACAUGUAGCAAGACGUGUCCUCGGCACCAGCCCCUCAACAAAACAAAGUGUUCCUGCGAAUGUAACGAGUCACCUAACAAGUGUUUCCUUAAGGGAAGGAGGUUCCACCAAGCCACAUGCAGUUGUCUCAGGGCUCCCUGCGACGUAAGGAGGCGGAGGUGUGACCCAGAUUUCUCCUUCAGCGAGGAGGUGUGUCGCUGUGUACCGUCCUACUGGAGACGACCGGGCUAGCUGCAGGCUAAGAAGACGCUAACAAGAUGCUAAUGAGCAGAUAACAAACUUAACAAGUAUAAUUCAUCACCCAUCUCGCUGCUGGUCAUGAGUUUCCUAGUGUGUGCAGACGCUGAUGAAGGUGGGGAAACCUUAGUGACUGGAUUGCAGAUGUGGAAAGCUUUGGUGAAAGUGGAAAAUGCACUGACUCAGAUGGAGGAGACAUUUCAAUGGGAGAACUGCUGAGCCAGGCCCAGAAAAGGAUGAAAGGAAGUACUGAGAAAGAGAGAGAGAGAGAAGGUCAACACUUGACACUAGUUUUAAAAUACUGUCUAAAUAUUUUUUAUAUAUAUUUGGGGGGUUUUGUAUUCAUUUCUCUGUCUCAGUAUUUCUGUGUCAGAUAUUGAUUAUAUAAUUUAUUAAAUGAUGCUUUUCAAACUUU